AUGAGCAAUCUUAACAUGUCCCCUGGCCUCCUGAAGGCCAUGAUAGCCCGUGUCCCCCUCAUUUUAAAGACAGUUCUUCUUCAUGGAAUGCGCCUGUCUCCUGUCUCGGGCAAACAAGAUCUUCGCACGGAACUAACGGUUGUUAUGAUUCGCUCCCUCAUGAAUUUCCUCCUGCCUGUCGGCGUCCAGCAAAAGCACAGCAUGGGCGACCCCGGCAUCAAGGGGCCCAUGUGGGUGUCUAAAGUCACAUUUCCUGCGCCCGAAGAUGCGGUGCAAGACGCAGUUUUGAAAGCGAUUGAGCAUCUCAAAACAGGUGGCGAAACUUUCGAUAUCCCAGAUGUCAAUCCUGUCGAGGCCGAGUGGACGGGAUAUCGCAAUGGAGUGGGCAACAACGAACCGCAGCCGGAGAUAUCGGAGGAAGAGAAAUACAAAAAGUUACAAGAGGAGUCGCAGUCGGACAUGGUGAUUUUGUAUUUCCACGGAGGCGCAUACUUUUUGAUGGAUCCGUGUACGCACCGUCCUGCGGUGGCCCGUCUUUCCAAACUAACAGGUGCUCGUGUUCUAUCGGUGCGCUACCGUCUUGCUCCUCAGCAUCCCUUCCCGUCGGCGCUUCUUGACGCCUUAGUCGCCUACCUCUCGCUCCUCGCGCCGCCACCCGGUUCAUUGCACGAAGCUGUACCGGCCAACAAGAUUGUCUUCUCCGGCGAUUCGGCAGGAGGCAACCUGUGCUUAGUUCUACUUCAAAACCUCCUUACUCUUCGGCGCGUCUCUCCUACGAUCCGCUUCCACGGGCAAGAAAUCCCCAUUGAGAUUCCCGCCGGUUUGGCUCUCAGCUCUCCCUGGUGCGACAUUACACGGUCCAUGCCCUCCGUCGUUCACAAUGCACCUUACGACUUUCUAGCACCUCCGCCUCAAGACCACGACGUAGCCUAUCGACCCCCGCCAGUCCCCGUGGACGAAUCUUGGCCCGUCAACCCCCCACGUGUCGACCUCUUCGCGAAUGCAAACGCUCUUAUUCAUCCGCUUGUCAGCCCCCUGGCAGCACACAAAGAGCUCUGGAGGGAUGCGCCCCCCGUCUUCAUCUCCGUCGGCGAGGAGGGUCUCACAGACGAAGGCUUAGUAGUCGCCCGCAGGAUGCACCAGGUCGGCGUUCCAGUCGUGGUCGAUCAGUUCGAGGGCAUGCCGCAUUGUUUCGGAAUGAUGAUGAUCGAGACCCCGGCGGGACGACGGUUCUUCGACGGAAUGGCCAACUUCUGUACCGACGUGGUCGCAGGCUCGGUCAAAUCGACCGGAAAUAUCAACUACAUCACAUAUAAACUGCGUUCGACCCAGAACCUCUCCCUGAACGAUGCCGUGCCUCUCUCCGACGAGGAGGUCGACGAGCGAUUGCGUAAAUGCAGUACCUGGCGCGUGGAAGGGGAGAGGCUGCUUAUGGAAGAGUGGUCUGGGGAAGCGAAGCUGUGA